UAGAGGCUCUCUUUGUGGUGAAUAUUGAGCUAUAUGCAAAAUGAAUAAGAACUACAAAGCCUUCCAUGUUGCUGUUGUAUGUUUUUCUGUUUUGUCUCAUUCAUCUGCCAGUUAAUGAUGUCUCCUCAAAGUGGCUGGUGUCUCUUUCCAUCCUGAUUACUUCUGACCUGAAAAGCCAGACACUAGAUUUGUGAGAUGAAUUUCUGUCAGAAGGGCCUUCCCAGGGUGGGGCCUUGCUGAGGAGGGAUAUGAUCCAAGUUCAGUAGCAGUGGAGAAUUGAAAUCCUUUAGUUUUUAACCAUAUUCUGAGUAGAUACCUGAAUUGGAGCCUACUUGUUUCUUCAUGCCUUUUUCCAGGUGCUUUUUUAAACUCCUUGUUCAUUAAAAUGCAUUUGAAGGUCAUUUGUAUGUAUAGAUGUAUGAUAUAUUAGCCCUGUGAUUGAUAAUACAAUAAUUGCAAUAAAUUAGCAGCACUCAGGGUCCAUAUAAAAUUGGGAUGGGUAACCUUAUGCUAAAGAUUGUGGCUCUCUUUACACAGUUGUAUUCUGCAGUGUCUUUGAAAUAGUUUUUAGAAUAAUAAUAAUGACAGAAAGGAGGAUAUUGUUUGGUUUAAUUUAGUAUUCUGGGAGUUUAAAAAAUUGUUGGAAUUAUCUUUAUUAGAUUACUAAUUAUAAUAUUAACACUAAUAGUUCUCGUAUGCUAAGCUCUCAUUUUGUUAGUCAUUACUUACAUAAAAUGCAACAAUCAGGGCUGUGGUUGAGGAGGGUACAUUAGAUUGUGGGGGGCAGCAAGUGGCUGACGUGCUUCCCACAAAGAGAAUAAUCCAAAUAGAUAGGGGUGAGAUUAAAUAUCUUCAUUAGUCCCUCUUUACAAAUAAAUAUGCAUAUGAAGACUCUACAGCAGGUGUUUCUGGUUUUGUUUUUUACUAGAAAUUGUUGGAGGAUUCAUAUUUUUGAAAACCAUACAGUAGUUUAUAUUCUGAUCCAAAGCAGAGAGAACCUGUUUGCAUUUUAACUAGGUAGCAUCAGACAUUUAUCAUCUUAAAUAGCCUUACUAUUGGCUCUGUGUUAGAAAUUGUAGAUUAUAUUCUUUAAAAUUAUAACAAGAUUAAAUGUGAAAAUAACAGUUAAGUUGGAAUUUUGAGAUCCAGAACAGAGCACCAUCUGACAUAUUUUUAGUGAAUUACAGCCUUUAAACACUGAUUACCAGAUUUAUCUCAUUUGAAUGUUAUUUUUAUAUCUAGAAUUUGUCUUAGGCUUCAGUGCAGCUCAGCCUACUGGUAUAAUCUUAUCUUAAUUAAUAAUGUUUUGUGACCUGGGAGUCCUGUUAAAGACCAUUAGACAGGAGCUAGAGAACACUGGAAGGUAAAAUGAACACAUGGCCUUAGUUCUCUUCUUUUAUACUGGAAUAUAACUUGCAUUUAAAGACACUGAAAAAUGAAAAGGAAAAACAACCUCCUUCCUCUUUCAGAUGUAAUAAAUAUGUUUAAUAUGGUUUUGCUAUUGUUAAUCCUUUUAAACUUACAGACUAUAGAGGAUUUUGUCUAAAAUAUUUGAAACUAAAUGCUGCUGUAAAAAAUAUUUUUACUAGAAAUCUAGAAAUAGCUGUCUGUCCUAUGCUUUGUUAAUUUGAUCUGCUUGUUUAGCUGAAAAAAUAAAAAUGUAUAUUCUAACUAAAGAGAAAUUUGUGGGCAUAAACUCCUUUCUUCCUAUGUUCAAAUAUAUUUCAUACAUUGUUUAUCUUAUUUAAAUAUACAGUAGACAGAGAAUACAACUGCUGUUCCUUUAAUAUCAGAACUAUGCACGUUACAAUAGGUGUCACUGUUUUGCUUGGUCCAAUCAUGAUUGGUGACUUCAGCUAUUGGCUCCGAGCACUGGCUGUCUGACUCCAUCUGCAGGGCUGUAAUACCUACUCUCCUCCGAUCCAUUCACCACACAACUUCAGCUGGCUGAACAGACUCACUCGGCUCCAGCACAUCUUGCUAACCUAAUUCAGAAAACAAGUGCUACAGCUCUGUGCCUGUCGUCUUCGCUCAGUGUAGCAUUUUCAGGUGAUCUAGGAAACGGUUGUUUUUAUGAGCAAGUAAGAGAAACAGGAAUCAUGAUGGGGAUGUAUUUAACAGACCCAGUACUGGAUAAAACUUAAAGCCAGUUUCUAUUCAACAUAGUGAAAAGGUCACCUUGCCUGGCUGAGAAAAGAAGCAAAAUAUCAGCUUGUUGGUUUCUGUUAACAUCUUGGCUCCGGCCAGCCUGUUUUCCUUGAUCUUUGAACCAGUUUGGGAUAUCUAGCUGUAAAGAGAAACAUACUGUACUCAUGGUAGAUGACAAGGAAAAGAACAUGAAAUGUCUCACCUUCUUCUUGAUGCUUCCAGAGACGGUAAAGAACAGGUCCAAGAAAAGCUCAAAGAAAGCAAAUAACAGCAGCGGCACUAGCAGUAGCAGCAGCAAGUUGCCCCCAGUUUGUUAUGAAAUAAUUACCUUGAAGACUAAAAAAAAGAAGAAGAUGGCUGCUGAUAUAUUUCCCCGGAAAAAACCAGCCAACUCCAGCAGCACCACUGUCCAGCAGUACCACCAGCAGAAUCUCAGCAACAACAACCUGAUCCCGGCCCCCAACUGGCAGGGUCUCUAUCCCACCAUUAGAGAAAGAAAUGCGGUGAUGUUCAAUAAUGAUUUGAUGGCAGAUGUACAUUUUGUGGUUGGGCCACCAGGUGGGACUCAGCGGUUGCCAGGACACAAAUAUGUCUUAGCUGUUGGGAGCUCUGUGUUCCAUGCGAUGUUUUACGGAGAACUUGCCGAGGACAAAGAUGAAAUCCGUAUACCAGAUGUCGAACCUGCUGCUUUUCUCGCCAUGCUGAAAUAUAUCUAUUGUGAUGAAAUUGACUUGGCUGCUGACACAGUGUUGGCUACACUGUAUGCUGCCAAAAAGUACAUUGUCCCUCACCUUGCCAGAGCCUGUGUUAAUUUCCUGGAGACAAGCCUGAGCGCCAAGAAUGCCUGUGUGCUCCUCUCUCAGAGCUGUCUGUUCGAGGAGCCUGAUCUGACCCAGCGUUGCUGGGAGGUAAUCGAUGCCCAGGCUGAGUUAGCUCUCAAGUCUGAGGGAUUCUGUGAUAUCGACUUCCAGACACUAGAAAGUAUCCUCCGCAGGGAAACUCUGAAUGCCAAAGAAAUCGUGGUUUUUGAGGCAGCUCUCAACUGGGCUGAAGUAGAAUGCCAGCGACAAGAUCUAGCCUUGAGCAUUGAAAAUAAACGUAAGGUCCUAGGAAAGGCACUGUACUUGAUCCGCAUACCCACAAUGGCCCUUGAUGACUUUGCAAAUGGUGCUGCCCAGUCCGGAGUAUUAACUCUCAAUGAGACCAAUGACAUCUUCCUCUGGUACACUGCGGCCAAAAAGCCAGAGUUGCAGUUUGUGAGUAAAGCCCGCAAGGGCCUUGUCCCCCAGCGCUGUCACCGUUUCCAGUCUUGUGCCUAUAGGAGCAACCAGUGGCGCUAUCGGGGUCGCUGUGACAGCAUCCAGUUUGCUGUUGAUAAAAGAGUAUUUAUUGCAGGCUUUGGGCUGUAUGGCUCCAGCUGUGGUUCUGCAGAAUACAGUGCCAAGAUUGAACUCAAGCGGCAGGGUGUUGUCCUGGGGCAGAACUUGAGCAAGUACUUCUCAGAUGGAUCCAGCAAUACCUUCCCUGUGUGGUUUGAGUAUCCUGUGCAGAUCGAGCCGGACACCUUCUACACAGCCAGUGUGAUACUGGAUGGCAAUGAACUCAGCUACUUUGGACAAGAAGGCAUGACGGAAGUUCAGUGUGGCAAAGUGACUGUCCAGUUUCAAUGCUCCUCAGAUAGCACAAAUGGCACUGGGGUACAGGGAGGGCAGAUCCCUGAACUUAUAUUCUAUGCUUAAAGCUUCACUUCCCCAAGCAGUGUGAGCUCGGGUGCACAUCUGGCCCCUCCUUGCUUGAUGCUUAGCUCAUCUGCAGAUAUGUGAUCAGUGCAGGUAAUUUGUUAUGAAUGAAGCGGUAGGCAGUUUCUAAUUUCUUUUACCCUUUUUAAUUAUGUACAGGCUAAAAUGCAGCAUUCCGCUUUUAACUAUAUGCUUAAAAGAGCCAAGUUCUUACUAAGGCUUUGUGGUUUUCAGAGUUGCGUCUAUACACCUGGGGAGAUUAUGCUCUCUGAGAUGCCCCACCGACCUCCCAGUUUCAUGUCUCUAAAGAAAAUUUUGGAUCACCUCAAAUUUCCUUUUGGAUUUUAUUUGAUGAAUGGAAAUAGUCUAAAAUAAUAACAAUCAAGAGUUAUUUUUAAACAAAGCCCACCCCCCAAAAAAACCAGAUAAACCUCAGUGUAUAAUUUUGAGAGAAAUUUUACUUUAUAAUAAGUAAUAAUUUAGAAUGUAGAAAGUAUUCAUGUUUGGCUCUUACAUUUUUUUCUUUUAAAGUUGUUGCUUCUCGCUUUGCUUUUUUAAUCCUAAACCAAUAAGAUUAUUAUACAUUAACUCAAAAUGGCAGUGUAAAAUAAGAAACUAAGGAAUUAAGUCUUGUUUUAUAGGCAAAGGAGACUUAUAUUCUUUUAAGAAGACAAGGUAACACAAUAUGAACACUUCUUUUGGAAGUAAUGAAAUUAUAAAAGUUUAUUGUCAAUAGAAAAAAAAUUGCAGGCCUGCUAAUUUACAGUAAAAGUUUUAAAAGAGAACCUAAAAAAUCCCAUACUGCAAAUAGUUUAAUUGAUAAUGUGUUUGAAAAAGGUACUCUUUUCUUGCCACAUAGCUUUGGGUCCCUAUCAUUUGCUUGUUUUUAUAAAUCGUACUGUAUAGAAUUCCUGAUCCCUUUUCCCCCAUUUAAAAGAGGACCAAACAUUUGUUUAGAGGAAUGGAGUAACAACUGAUUUUGUAGCACUACAUUGUUAAUGUCAUAAAAUACUUUUAUUUGUUGUUGGUUUUUUUUAAUCUGAAAUAUACUUUAUCUAAUCUUUGACCAUAUGCUAUUUUAUUUGUUGAUUAUAGUUCUGUUCUCAUUCUGGACUGCUAGAAUCUGGCCUCUGGCCACCUUAAAGUGCCAAUAUAUGCCUGCAGGGUUUUCAAAAAUUGGUUGGAGUAACAGAGUUUGUUGUCCCUGAAUUCACUGCAUCAGCAGCACAUCUGGCUCUCUUAUUUGUCUAUGGCUAAUGUAAGCAAAGGAGGAAAAGCUCAUUAAAAAAUUCUCCUUCAGUGAUGGCUUUUGUUGGUUUGGUACCUGUGACCCUAGCAGUGCCCAGUGUGAUCACUGCCAGUUGAAGAAUCCAUGUGUUUUUGGGCAGCUUUUCUGCUCAGUGUGAUCCUGAGAUGGCUUCUCCGCCACCUAGAGUGUGGUCCCUUGGCCGCCUCCUUCUCCUGCUCUGCAAGCCUGAAACUGGCUUGUCUGGGGCCAGGAGUUAGUCCUGGGGUGUGUGUGUGCUUGUGAGCCCAUGUGCCCAUGCGCAUGCAAGUGCGAUUGCCGACUCAGGAAUUCCCUCCUCCCUGCCUGGUUAGUGAGAGGUGGGACACAAUGGUCCCCCUGCUGUCCCCAGCCAGGCCCAAUGAGUGACUGCCCUUGCUUAUUCACUGUGCUUCUGGGCUGCUUUUUUUCUCUGUAGAUGUGGGCCUGUCGCCUUUGGCGAGUGUCCCUGAUGGAGGAGAACACUGGAUUAUGGGAACUGUUUUAAUCACUUUUGCCAUUUACCUACGUCUGUUAGCAUAGCUGACUGAAAGUUGUUACUGGUGACUAUAGAUGAAUACUGCCAGAACAGCUUUCUAGAAUUAUCUAACAGUUAUUUCUUAUUAUGGACAUGACAGGUUGUAGUUUUGGCAAAACAUUAAUGAAAUAAAGAUAAAUUUUCACUUAAAAAUACUUGUGCAAAAGAUUCUAUUCUAAAAUUAUGGUUAAACAUUUCAGUAACUCAUAACUAUCAUGCAAAAUGGUAAAACUGGUUAGAAGGCACUUGACGUGAAGCCAGAGGAGAAGAAAUGUUACUCGGCACUAAUUUCAUAGUUGAGAGGGUGAGUGUGAUGGACUGCCUGAGAGUGGGGUCAUUCCUUCACUGCUCUGUCAGCACUCCUGUUACGUGAGUUGCCCUCUGCACAGCUAGGCUGCCGAAAGCCACAUGAAAUCCUGUAAGCUGGGUAUAGAAGAACUUAAUUUUCUGUCAAUUAAGAGAAGAAAAAUAAAAAGGAAAAAAAAAAAAAACCAAAACACUUUCACCAUCUGAUUGGCCUGUGGAUAAAAUUUGAAAAUUGUAUUUAGAAUAAAAAAUUAUAUAUUUUAGACCAAGUCUCCUUUCUGCAUUUCAACAAAAUGGAAUGAAAGCUAAUGUGCUUGCUUUGUUUUCUUUGGUAAUUUUGAAUUUUGUAGCUUUUAAAAUUAGAAACCAUUGUUCUGACAAGACAGGCAACUCUAGUGUAUAAACACAACUUUAUUAAACAGAGUACGCUGUAGAUGCUUUUCCCAAUGUAUCUGGCAGUCUUUGUCAUUGUUCAUACUGGGGAUAAAGGGUAACUAGGCUAGCAGUUCUAAUGUAACAUUCUUUAAGCAUAUCUUAAAAUAGUAUUUAAGUAAAUGGUCUAAUUUCUACAUAAUUAUUGCACUGAACUGUCUUUUUUGUUUUUUUUUUUUAAGGUGUUUAAUAAGCUCAGCUAACUCAAGACACUGUAGCAACUUAUGCAUCAGUGCUUGACUUUAGCAGCUUACAACAUUAUUUAUGAAGGAAAAAUAUAUAAAUAUGAAGUACCUCAUGUUGAAUGUUAUUGUACUGUAUUUUUAAUGUAACAGUGCAGAUCUUGUUAGACACAUGAAUGUGUAUACUCAUGUUAAAUGCAAAUAAAAUAAAACUGGUUCAUAAA